AUGCAUUUCUUAGUAUUUGUUGUGGGAUUAAGUGCAAUUCUUGGCAACAUAGCUACUGAGAAAGUGUCACCUCGGCCAGGUCUGAAAUCCUUCAGGGACGACUAUGACAGUGUUGCCAAAACAUGCAUGGCUGUUGGAUAUGUAAAAGAUCAAUGCAAAAAUAACCGAGACAGAAAAAAUAUAAUCAUAGCAUUCAAUGCUAAAGCCAAAGGAAGUGUCCAAUCAGUUGGCAAGGGAAACAUCGUCAUGUUUGGAGACGUCGAUAUGAAUGUAGGUGGUGGAUACAACGCAGUUAAAGGAAUUUUCAUCGCUCCAAAAUCGGGAGUGUACGUCUUUGAUUGGACAACUUUGUCGAAAAUGAAGAAUUUCGCUUACACCUCUCUAGUCUUGAAUGGUAAAAGAAGGGCUUACAACCAUUGUUAUAACAACGGCCUGAAUUUUGAAAUAGCAUGAAGUAAAAUGGCUGUUGUAAGAAUGGAAGCAGGAGAUAAGGCUUGGAUUGAUUGCUUUUGAAGAACAGCAUCUGUUAACCCUGCAUAUUCUUCGUUUUCCGGUUUCAUAUUGUAAAACAUAAGAAAUAGAAACUAUU